AUGUCUCUAGAAAACCAGUUGACUAUACUGCCUCAACAUGUGUGGCGGAUAAAUUUGGAUACUCCAGAGGAAGCUCAUCAAAAUCUCUCUUUUGGUGCUGCGGAUCGCUGGUGGGAGCAAACAGAUCUGACCAAGCUGAUACUCGCCUCAAACAAACUGCAGUGUCUUUCAGAGGAUGUCAAACUUUUGCCUGCGCUCACUGUUCUGGAUGUGCAUGAUAAUCAACUGACAUCGCUUCCUUCUGCUUUAGGACAAUUAGAAAAUCUUCAGAAACUUGAUGUCAGCCACAACAAACUGAAAAGUAUCCCAGAGGAGUUGAUGCAGUUGCCACAUUUGAAGAGCCUUCUUCUUCAUCACAAUGAGCUGAGUCACUUGCCGGAUGGAUUUGGACAGCUUGUCAAUUUAGAAGAAUUAGAUUUGUCCAACAACCAUCUCACAGACAUUCCAACAAGUUUUGCUUUGCUCAUUAACUUAGUGCGACUCAAUUUGGCUUGUAAUCAACUCAAGAACCUGCCUGCAGAUAUCAGUGCGAUGAAAAGCUUAAGACAACUGGAUUGUACUAAAAACUACCUGGAAACUGUACCUUCUAAAUUAGCGACUAUGGCAUCUUUGGAACAACUUUAUCUGAGAAAAAAUAAAUUACGUUCCCUACCAGAAUUUCCGUCAUGCAAAUUACUGAAGGAAUUACAUGCUGGUGAAAAUCAGAUUGAAAUAUUAAAUGCAGAGAAUCUGAAGCAUCUGAAUUCCCUCUCUGUAUUGGAACUUAGAGACAACAAGAUAAAAUCAGUUCCUGAUGAAAUUACUCUGCUUCAGAAGCUGGAGCGACUUGACCUCGCCAACAAUGAUAUCAGUAGAUUGCCUUACACACUGGGGAACCUUCCUCAGUUGAAAUUCCUGGCAUUAGAGGGAAAUCCUUUGAGAACCAUUCGAAGAGACCUUCUGCAAAAAGGCACCCAGGAACUUCUGAAAUAUCUAAGAAGCAAAAUACAAGAUGAUGUAACUAGCCCAAAUGAAGAGCCUCCUGUGACAGCCAUGACUCUUCCAAGCGAGUCAAGGAUUAACAUGCAUGCCAUAACUUCACUAAAAUUAUUGGAAUAUAGUGAGAAACAGGCAGCCGUGAUUCCUGAUGAAAUGUUCAAUGCAGUCAGAAGCAAUCCUGUUGCCACUGUCAACUUCAGCAAAAAUCAGCUGAAUGAAAUUCCUCCAAGGAUAGUGGAGCUGAAAGACUCGGUUUGUGACGUCAACCUUGGCUUCAAUAAAAUCUCAUCUCUUUCCUUGGAGCUUUGCAUGCUCCAUAAAUUGACACAUUUGGAUAUCAGAAAUAAUUUUUUGACAUCUUUACCUGAGGAAAUGGAGGCACUGACAAGACUGCAAGUAAUAAAUCUUUCUUUUAAUAGAUUUAAAGUAUUUCCCAGCGUCCUGUAUCACAUCGUAGCACUGGAGACUAUCCUGCUCAGUAACAAUCAGGUUGGGUCCAUAGACCCUCUGCAGCUAAAGAAGAUGGACAAGCUUGGAACUCUGGACCUUCAGAACAAUGACCUCCUCCAGGUGCCACCGGAACUUGGAAACUGUGAAACUCUGAGGACACUUCUGUUAGAAGGAAAUCCAUUCCGCGCUCCCCGAGCAGCCAUUUUAGCAAAAGGAACAGCUGCAGUGCUAGAGUAUCUGAGAAGCCGAAUUCCUACUUGAUACGAUAGCCUCUUUCCUUGGCAGACUCGGGAAUCAAAGUACGAGCAAAGUAUUGUCCUAUCCGACCAAACGCUGUAUGGUUUUACUGCCUUCCUCCUUCUUCAUCAACUGUUUGUUAACCUGGCCUGUGCUAUAGAGCAUUUAUAAUACUGUCUGUAGGUUGCUUGUUAAGAAAGAACUCACCUAUGAAAUAUUUUCCCCUCGAGGUUGCAUGUUUCCAGAGUGCAUUUUAAAACACCACACUUUUUGUAACAAAGAAUGCCAUUGAAAGCUGCCGUCAGUAAUAGUGACAAUGUUUUUUCUACAAUUAGGCUAAUUUUUAAAAGCAUUGUCAACAUCAUAGUGUUUGAGCAAAAGGCAGACGUAAACUUUUUACUGUUUGUAUGCCUGUUGUAUAAUCUCCCGUAAGGUAUUUAGUCUCUCUUCACUGCUGCCUCAAAAAAUUGCUUACUGGUCUGUAUGUGAUAAAAUGCUAGAACCCUUAAACGGUGUGGUGAUGAUAAGGGUACGGUAUGAGAGCUGCUGCAGACUGUGCAUGUCACGCGUAAAAGUAAGCAGAAUGUGGUUGAUGUUGGUAGCUGCACUGAAACAAUAAAUGUUUCCUGUUGGAUG